AUUCUAAUUCUCAUACCUUAGUGAAGUGAAGAAAAACAAAAAUGGUAUCAUCACUUCAAACCCCAAAGCCUCAUGCUGUGUGUGUACCAUAUCCAGCUCAGGGCCAUGUGAGUCCGUUCAUGCAGCUAGCCAAACUCCUUCGUUGUAGUGGUUUCCACAUAACCUUUGUGAACACUGAAUUCAAUCACAAUCGUUUGGCCAAGUCUCUUGGACCAGAUUUCGUGAAGGGGCUCCCAGAUUUUCAAUUUGAGAGCAUACCAGAUGGUUUGCCACCAUCAGAUAAGGAUGCAACUCAAGACAUUCCACAACUGUGUGAUUCAACUAGGAAGAAUUGUUAUGAACCGUUCAAAGAGUUGGUGAAGAAGCUGAACUCUUCGCCUGAAGUGCCUCCGGUGAGUUGCGUGGUUGCGGAUGGCGUAAUGGGAUUUGUUGGAAGAGUGGCGAGUGAUUUAGGUAUUCAAGAGCUUCAGUUUUGGACAGCCUCGGCUUGUGGAUUAGUUGGAUAUUUGCAAUACGAUGAGCUUGUCAAAAGAGGUCUUGUUCCAUUCAAAGAUGAAAAUUUCACCGAUGGUACCUUGGAUGCAAGUUUAGAUUGGAUCUCUGGCAUGAAAGAUGUGAGACUUAAAGACAUUCCAAGUUUCAUUAGAGUCACUGAUCUAAAUGAUAUCAUGUUUAAUUUCAUGGGUUCUGAGGCACAAAAUUGUUUGAGAUCGUCUACCAUCAUCAUUAACUCAUUCCAAGAUUUGGACACUGAGGCCCUUGAUACCCUCAGGGCCACUAACCCAAACAUCUAUAGCAUUGGCCCACUUCACUUGCUUGGCAGGCAUUUUCCUGAAAAGGAGAAUGGUUUCAAGGAAAGUGGGUCAAGUUUAUGGAAAAAUGAUACUGAAUGCAUGAAAUGGCUUGAUAAAUGGGAGCCCUCAUCAGUGAUAUAUGUUAACUAUGGAAGCAUAACUGUUAUGAGUGAGCAUCAUUUAAAAGAAUUUGCUUGGGGGAUAGCAAAUAGCAAGCUACCAUUUUUAUGGAUUAUGAGACCAGAUGUGGUGAUGGGUGAUGAGUCUAUAAAUUUGCCCCAAGAGUUCUUAGAUGAAGUCAAGGGCAGAGGAUACAUAACAAGCUGGUGCUUUCAAGAACAAGUUCUUGCACAUCCAUCAAUUGGGAUCUUUCUAACUCAUUGUGGUUGGAAUUCUACAAUAGAAGGCAUAUCUUCUGGUGCGCCUUUGAUUUGUUGGCCUUUCUUUGCUGAGCAACAAACAAAUUGCAGGUAUGCUUGCAAAACAUGGGGAAUAGGAAUGGAAAUUAACCAUGAUGUUAAAAGAGGGGAGAUAACAGCCCUUGUCAAUGAAAUGAUGGAAGGAGAAAAGGGGAAAGAGAUGAGACAAAAGAGUUUAGAGUGGAAAAAGAAAGCAAUAAAAGAAACUGGAAUCGGAGGAUCAUCUUACAAUAAUUUCCAUAAGUUAGUAAAAGAGGUUCUUCAUCACAAUGUUGCCUAAGUCCAUUUGUACCAAGGGUUAAAUAAAGUGUAUUUUAUUCAAAUGCAAAUGCAAUUGAUAGGCCUUGUGAAAUCGGUGAUGAAUUUGUAAUUGUCUCGAGUGAUGAAUUUGUAAGAAUUUGAAGCAUCGACUCUUUGGCUAUGUUUGGCAUGUUUAGCUGAUAAGCUAGCUGAAAGCUGAAAAGCUAGCUGAAAGCUUAUAAGCUAGCUGAUAGCUGAAAGCUGAUAAGCUAGCUGAAAGCUGAAAAGCUACGUGAUUGGAAUAAAAGUGUUUGGUAAAACUAGCUGUUUAACAA